AUGAUCUCGCAGCAAUCUCGCCGAGAAAGAGCUCACAGCGACAGAGCUCAAGCAAUGCCCGCUACAGCUUCACAACGACCAGGCAUGGGAGGUCGAACUUCUUCAGCCCCGGCGGGGGACCUUUACAAACUCGAUGUGGUGCGGAAGUCAGGAUCGGGGACGAAAAUCGAACACACAUUGCUGGAGGAAGAUGAAGGGUCGCCAAUUACGGGCGAGGCGAUCAAGCGCACACGAUUCAGUCAGCAGGAGGUGGAACCCACCAAGAGCGGCUUCCCCGAAGUGACCAUUGCAGUUGCCGGCGAAGAAAACGCCGGCAAGACCAGCUUUGUUAAAUGUGCGCUGGAUAUGAAGAACCCGCCUGCCUCCCCUAUGAACAAGAAGAAAAUGUCAUUGAACGGAUCGGUCUAUAUUGUGCAUCUGAUGGAAGUCGACUUGACCCACGUUCAAUUCGACCAGGACAAGAAAAUCAUCUGGCCGCGUGCAGGGCACGACAAAUCGCCAGUCAUUGACGGGGUCCUGGUUCUACAUGAUGCCACCAAGCCGGAUCGACUCUCCUUAACAACGAACCUCAUUGACUCAUUGGCUGCUUCGGAUCUUCCUUUCUUGCAGGUUGCCUGCAAAUGUGAUGUCAAUCCUGAACCUUUGGAAGACAGCGAAGUGGAUGCGAUCCAUGACCGAUACGAGAUCUAUCGAACAUCGUUUUCAUCGCCUCGAUCUCAACGCAUGUGUAUAGCGUUGGUUUUGGGGGCAGUGAUUUCCACUCGAGAAGAUCUCUCCAAUAAUUCUAAUAUUCCUCUUGCUUCACCGAGGAUCAAAUCCUCGCACGAUUGGCACCAUACCCGUUCCAACUCCGAAAACCCCUCAGCCGUGUUCACAGCCGCCGGCGGCACACAAACGGCCUCAGAUCAAUGUGUCGACGGGGAUGGUGAGAACCGUGUCGCAACCGAUGGAAACCACUUGCAGCAUACGUCCAGUCCCCACCGUUAUGCCCGGAGUAAUUCGCAACCGGUGCGACCGCAAACUCCGCCAUCCGGAGCGCGUUUAAAUACCCGCAGACCGUCAACACAAGAACUAAACUCCCCCAACCACGAUAGCCGUCAGCAACGAUUGCAUACCGCGUGGCGACACAGUGGAGGAUCAGACGCUUUCAACAGUUUCUUAAACAUGGACGACGAGGGAGACGAUGAACAGAGCCGGCCCCCGAGCCCUGGCGCAGUUGUGCGCCCAAAGCCGAGCAGCGAGAGCAACUCGAGUGCAGAGACGGGUCUAUCGUUCGACGAGCUAGUCGAUCGUUUGAUUUCCUUGCCGAUGUCGAAACAAGACCAAAAGUUCCGUUCUAUAUUCCUAUGUCUGUACCGAAAGUUUGCCGCUCCUGCAAGUCUUCUAGGUGCCUUGAUAAGCCGAUUCGAGCGAAAUGAGAUGGGCAACGAGGAUCAGCUGGCCCGCAUGGCGGAUCAACUGCGAUUACUCGAUGUCAUGGCUCAAUGGGCCUCGGACUAUCCUGGGGAUUUCGCUCAUCCCAAACUUCGCAAACGGAUCAUUGAAUUUGUCGCUAUACUCGAAAAGAGCCAUUUCUACAUGUUCGCCGCCAAGGAGAUCGGGUCACAAUUAGACACGAAUGCAGAAGAUGAUGAUGUUGGCUGGGCAUAUGGGGGUGACAGUGAUUCCGAGGAGUCCCAAUUGGUUGAGACAUUCUUCGACAACUCCGGCCGAAGUUCUCCAGCAGCGGCUCUCACUGGUGCUAGCUCUGGCACUACCACUUACGACACCGAAGAAGAACAAGAUCCUAUCUAUAGUAUGAGUGCUCUGGAUCUCAGUAGUGGCCCGCAUGACUCGACAUCACGACUCUCGGGCACUCUUUCAGUCACCUCGACUACCGACAAAUCCAACAGCACUACCAGCCAGUCAUUCACAUUGUUAAGCCUCGAUGCAGCCCAAAAACAGGCUUUACGUCUUGAAUUAACACAUAAGACUUUACUUGGCAAACUCCAGUGGCGGCUUUUCAUGGAUACCCCAGACGAAGAGUUCGCACGAGAACUGACGAGGGUUGACUGGAUCAUGUACAACUCAUUCCGGCCGCGUGAUCUUGUGCGUCAUGUCAGCCUCUCGGGCAUAGACAAGGAUAAGAUCAAGAGCUUGACGAAUGUCAAUCGGAUGAUCAAGCAAUUCAAUCAUCUGGCCUUCUUCGUAGCCAGCUUGAUUCUGUUGCGCGAUAAGCCUAAGCAUAGAUCGCAGGCGCUAGAGAAGUUCAUGAACAUCGCAGUGAAACUCCGACGCCAAAACAACUACAACUCCUUGGGUGCCGUAAUUGCCGCCAUCAACGGCACCCCCGUCCACCGCCUCACGCAAACUCGAGACCUGAUCCCCAUCCCAGUUCAGAAAGAGUUUAUGCGUUUGGUCAUUCUGAUGAGCACCCAACGAAGCCACUUUGCCUACCGCCUCGCCUGGGAGAAUUCGUUCUCAGAGCGAAUCCCAUUCCUACCUCUCCACCGUCGUGACCUUGUCUCUGCCGAAGAAGGCAACAAGACAUUCGUCGGCGAGAACAAAUCUCGCAUCAACUGGAAGAAAUUCGAGGUCAUGGGUGAGGUUGUUCUCGGCAUCCAACGAAGCCAGAAGACCCCUCAUCCCCAGGCUCAGAAGUUCGGGGAUGUUGAGCGACUGAUCCUGGACUCGAAGCUCUCUGGAGACGAAGAGGACUUGUAUGCUCGUAGCUUGCACGUCGAACCGUCUACGGGAGCUGAGGGACGAAGGAAGUUCGGCUGGUUGCGCUCUUAAACCCAGUCGAUUCUUCGGCCACUCUGACAACCCGGGACACUCAUCUCCGUCAACCUCAACACGAAUUGAGGCUGCCCUCCCACACAAACAUCUCAUCUAACACCUUCACUCCUACCUACCUUCCUACCUAUCCCCCCUACUCUAUCCACCCUACCUUACCCCUUCCCUCCACUUUUCUUCCUUCUCAUGUCGCUACGCCCCUAUAUGAUUGAUAAAUACUGUUGUUGUCUUUUGCCUGCUUUUCGUUAUGAACUUGGUCCCCCGUGGGGGUCGAUAUGACGCUUGUAAACGGUGAUACAUCGUGGGAAAAAAAAUAGCACCGUUACGGCAUUUUGUACAUAUGCGUGCUGAGGUGUGGGUAGUGAUAGUCAUUGACUGUCUUGCAGAUAGCAGAUUCCUACCCUGGUAUAUAUUGAC